AUGUCAAUAGUUUUUCGAUUUUAUACUCGUGAAAACUUUAUACAAUAUUUUUCGACUAAUAGAUCAGUUGCAUUAAAAUCGGUUCGUCAGUGUCCAAAUAGACCAUGGUAUAAAUUGACUUUUUGUCUACUCGGAUCAUUGGCCUUAACCGUACACACUAGUUUUCUUGGUCAACGCAUCGACGAGUAUGACAAUGUCGGACAAUCUAUUGCGACGCAAACCAUACAUUGCAAAAAUCAAAGUGUACUCAACUACGAAGUCCGAUUAUUUGUCAUCAUCAUAAAGAGUGUCACAUAA